UGGAAUAAUUUUAAGAGGGCACGUAACAACGUGAACAAUGCAAUUAAGAAUGCUAAAAAGUCCUAUUAUUUGAAAUCUUUUACAGCUUGUGACGGCAACUCACGUAAGACCUGGGAGAUCAUUAAUGAGGCGCGGGUCGCAAAUCUGAAAAAGCGAUUAUAAAUGAACUCGAAUUUGAGGUCAAGAAAUUAACUGAUCCGACUGAAAUUGCGGAAGGUUUUAAUAAAUUCUUUGCCGAAAUCGGUCCCAAGCUGUCCGAGAAUAUUGAAGACAUUGAUACUUGUUUCGAUAAAUUUGUAAAUGAAUCUAUCUCGGGCAUCUUUAGUUUUCAGCAAAUAAGACCAUCUCUGGUUUCGUCUCACUUACGUAAAUUAUGCAUGAGGAAAGCCACUGGACUUGAUACAGUUUCCGCCAGACUUCUGACAGAA